AAGGGAGAGAUCCUCUUUUAAAUUUUUCAGUAAAGCUUUUUUACUAAAAGGCACAUCAUGUUUUCAUCUUGUAUUAAUAUUUGAUGCAAAGUAUAAUUGUAGUGGUCUUGGUAAAAGUAGAGAAUUCCAGUCGGGAUGAGGCUAAUAUGAGCUGGCAGGCCACCCUCCAGAGUAAGCCAUGAAGCACACUGCAGGAAGGUCACUCGUCACCAAUGAGAGCAAAAUGGCUGAAGUGUAUAAUGUAUUUCAUACAAUGAAUGUCUGGAGGAAGGGGAGAGACAGAAAACUAAGGGACAGAGUGUCAGGCUCAUGUUCAACUUCAGAGACCUGGGAUCCCAUGCCAGUUCCUACAAUGUGGAAUAUGACAAGAAUAUUCUUCUUAACUCACUGUCACCUCAUACCCUACUCCUAGAUCACUCAGACAUAGCCACUACUCCGGUACUCAAGGGGGCCAUCUUCCAGUGCUGACUGUAUAGUUAACAACAGUUUGAGUGUCCCCCCCCCCAAAAUGCCAUGUGCAAUGGUGUGUUGAAGACAAUGGAUCUAACCCAUCAGUCUUAAAACGUAGAAUAUACUGAUUCCAGAUACAACUGGAAUCAGUAUAUUCAUAAUGGAAAUCAUAGGAGGGAGCAAGAAUUAGUAUUUUUCUUACAGUCUGAGUAACUGUAUAAAACAGAGUGGUGUUUACAUACUGGUGUCCCAUAAGUGACUGUUAAAUUGGACCACAACUAGAUAUUCAUUAAGAUAAUGAGUCAAUUUACUGUGAUCUCAAACUGUCUUAUUUUUAAUCAAGAGACAAGCAGCACUGAAAAGACAGUUCAGUACUCAAACACCAAGAGGAAGAGGCAUGCCAUGCCACAUAGGUCAUGUGGGGCAGCCCCGAGUGUGAAGAAGUGCUUUCUCUAUGAUUUCCUUGUGCGAAGCAAGGCAAGCAGUGGGCUAUGAGGUUACACCGGCUUCUUGGGCUUUGGCCCUGGGUGAUUCGAGCAGAACACUGUGCCAAGCACCUGAGCUGUGACCACUGAAGAUAUGGAUGUAGGAGUCCUAGAGUGGUAUGUCACACUGGGUGUGUGCAAGCCCUGGAGUGGUGGGUCACACUGGAAGUGUGCAAGCCCUGGAGUGGUGGGUCACACUGGAAGUGUGCAAGCCCUGGAGUGGUGGGUCACACUGGGAGUGUGUAAGCCCUGGAGUGGUGGAUCACACUGGGAGUGUGCAAGCCCUAGUACUUCACAGAACUCACUUUUGAGAACCCAGCACAUUCCCAAUUCCUGACUACUAGCUACGAUUUGCUGUUUCUUUAUGGGUAGUAAAGGUAUCUACACAUUAAAUCCACAACCUAUUCUAUCAAUGGCUUUAAAAUAUAUUUUUUAAUCUGAAAAAACUCAAACAAUUUAGUGUAUUAAACUUGAUACUUUAUGUAAUCAUCUCUUCAUUAACUUUUAUGUUUUUCUCAUCAUAAAUAUCCUGCAAACGGUUUCUCUUUGCUGAAGUAGAAGCAGAUGAUAUGCACACCUUUGCACUCUAGCCUUAACUAAAGCAGUUUAAACUCUCCUGCCCCUGCUUGUGGGACCCAGAAAAGUCGAUCUCUUGACUUAGGUAAAGGUCAUUUUAAAUUAGUAGUUUCUGGAAAGUACUUUCUGCUUAAACAACUUCCUUAGCAUGAUUUUGUUUAAAAGAUUUAUUUAUUUUAUGUAUGUGAGUACACUGUCGCUGUCUUUAGGCACACCAGAAGAGGGCAUAAGAUCCCAUUUACAGGUGGUUGUGAGCCACCUUGCAGUUGUUGGGAAUUGAACUCAGGACCUCUGAAAAAGCAUUCAGCAAAGAGAAACAACUAAGCCAUCUCUCCAGCCCCCCGGCAUGAUUUUUAUACUUGCUUGUUUAUUUAGUGAGUUUUGUCUUCUCUCUGUUUUAAAACUCUGUUAAUAGCAGAAGUCCACAGUGGUCAGUUACUAUGUAGCUGGAGCAUCUAUCAAGUCACUAAACAUGAUUCCUCCUGCUGAUCUUGUUUCUCAUCAUAAUCCCCACAGCCAUCUCCACCUUCUAUAAGUCAAAGCCGGUUUGGGAAGGCUAAACUCUUCCCUCAGACACACAGCUAAGUCAUAGAUCAGACACUUGAAUCUGAAGUACUCUGACUCUUCAUCACAGUUAUGCAAAUGUUUCCUUUUUUCUAUUACAAUCUUUGGGGAAAAUCAGAUUGCUUUGAGCUCCUGAUCCUAUACCUCUGCCCCAGUAGUGGACUCCCAGUAGCUUCUCACAACUAAAUAGUUGCUCAUCCAAAAGACCUCAGCUUCUACCUUCCUAAAUUAAAACUUUAUCAACUUGUUUAACGAAUUAUGCAUUUCAUGUGUUUUGAACUUAAAAGAUGACACUGUCAGUUUUUUGCCUCCAGAGUUCUUGCGUUUCCAUAGAGAUGACGACAUCAUAGAACAUUAGUGUGGGAGUGUUGAAAACAGGCAGGCAGGGAAGGAUUGGGGAUGAACAGACAAAUUGGAUUAGUGUGGAAGUAAUUAUGGAAGAAAAAUUAAAAGCCAGACUAAGUCAGUAGAAAUAGGAGUAUAAAAAGAGAGCCACGGGACUGUUCCCCCUGUGGAAAGAAUUGAACCUUUUAUUGGAGAGAUGAGCAAGUAUGUUGGAACACCAGGUCAAAACUUACAUCAAGGGAAGAGACACCAACUUUUCUAUCUGUACAUACUAGUUUAUAACAACUACUAAUUUAUCCUUAAAGGUUCUAUAGUCCACCAAUGUAAGAAAACUCACCUCCAUCCUCUACAAUGCCACAAAGCUUCUUCUCAUUUAAAAAUAAUUAUUCAACCAUCAUUAAGUGACAUUCAUCUUAUCAGGAGCACGGCAUCCCUACCGAUAUGGGAUAUGCAGUGUCCCCUCACCAUUCAGGUGUCUACCCUGUCCAUGUUCAGCUUUAUGAGGCCUGGAAGAAGGUUUGGAAUAUUAAAAUCACCAGCACUGAAGAAUAUCCACAUCUGAAACCAGCUAGAUAUCGGAGAGGCUUCAUUCACAAAAACAUCAUGGUUCUCCCAAGACAAACCUGUGGGCUCUUCACCCACACAAUUUUCUACAAGGAGUAUCCAGGGGGUCCCAGGGAACUGGACAAGAGUAUUCAUGGAGGGGAGCUCUUCUUCACUGUGGUUCUCAACCCAAUCAGUAUUUUCAUGACCCAUUUGUCUAACUAUGGAAACGACCGACUGGGAUUAUAUACAUUUGUGAAUCUAGCCAAUUUUGUGCAGACCUGGACCAACCUGCGUCUUCAGACCUUGCCUCCAGCUCAGCUGGCUCACAAGUAUUUUGAGCUCUUUCCUGAUCAGAAAGACCCUCUCUGGCAGAACCCCUGUGAUGACAAACGCCACAGAGACAUUUGGUCUAAAGAGAAAACCUGCGAUCGUUUACCAAAAUUCUUGGUAAUAGGACCCCAGAAAACUGGUACCACUGCCUUGUGUCUGUUCCUGAUUAUGCAUCCUUCCAUCCUUAGUAACUCCCCCAGCCCAAAAUCCUUUGAGGAGGUACAGUUCUUUAAUAGAAAUAACUACCACAGGGGGAUUGAUUGGUACAUGGAUUUCUUCCCAGUCCCAUCUAAUGUCACCACUGACUUUCUGUUUGAGAAGAGUGCUAAUUACUUCCAUUCAGAGGACGCUCCCAAGAGGGCUGCUUCUCUAGUCCCGAAAGCCAAAAUCAUCACCAUACUCAUUGACCCGUCAGACCGAGCGUACUCCUGGUAUCAGCAUCAGCGAUCCCAUGAAGACCCUGCAGCUCUGAAAUUUAGCUUCUAUGAAGUGAUCUCUGCUGGGCCCAAUGCACCCUGGGAACUCCGAACCCUGCAGAAGAGAUGCCUGGUCCCUGGGUGGUAUGCCAACCACAUCGAGAGAUGGCUUGUUUAUUUCCCUCCAUUUCAGUUGCUAAUCAUUGAUGGACAGCAGCUAAGAACUACCCCUGCGACAGUGAUGGAUGAAGUCCAGAAGUUUCUAGGAGUCUCACCUCAUUAUAAUUACUCCGAAGCUUUAACGUUUGAUUCUCAUAAAGGCUUCUGGUGUCAGCUGCUGGAAGAAGGGAAAACAAAAUGCCUUGGGAAGAGUAAAGGAAGAAAAUACCCCCCGAUGGACUCUGAUAGCAGAGCGUUUCUGUCCAGCUACUACCGCGACCACAACGUGGAGCUCUCGAAGCUGCUGCACAGGCUGGGGCAGCCUCUGCCCUCCUGGCUGAGACAGGAGCUGCAGAAAGUGAGGUAGCAUGGAGAAAAGAAGCAGACCUCAUCUAGAGCUCACAGACGACACUACCAAAAAGCUGUGGAACACAUACCUCUGCAUCACAGAAAACGAGCAAGGCUCUUCCAUGUGCUGGCAUGUGGAUGAUUGUGGAGGGUCAGGCAUAAAAUAUAUAUAUAUCUUUAAGAAGCUUCCAGGCCUAUGGCCUUCCUCUUAACCCUUAUCUGAUUUGUGUGGAACAGCAACCAACAUAAAUUUUAAAACAAAACAGAAAACAGAAACACUGACGCAGUCCUGUACCAUUUCAUAGUAAUAUUUACAAUUUUGUAUAUUUCGGCUACAGUUGUUAUUUCUGUAGAUUUCUGGACCACUAUUUGACUGUAAAAAUGUUUUCUGACUCGAUUCUGUGAAGUAGCCUAUAAACAUCACGAUGGAGAAUUACAAGUGUCGGAAAAUGCUGCCAGCAUAGGCCAUGGCUGUGUGAGAGCAGGGUCGGGGAGCAAUCUGUGGACUUUGUCUCCAAACAGGGAAGCAAAGGGGGUGGUUCUCCUUGUACAUAGUCCAGCGAGCUCGUGCUGAUGUAGCUCUGUAUUGUAAACUUGGCAGACAGCAAACAGUAACACAUCCUUACAUCAAAAUACUGAACAUUAAUGGCAGAGUAUUGACUAAAUCCUCUGAGAAAGAGAACUGGUGAACUUCUAAAGAUACGCCAUACAGAUACAUAAAAAUACACUGAGAACUCUUUGCUUUCUGAUGUAAGCUGCCGGUCUAUUCUGGCCACCUCCAGUUGCACCGAAAUGCAUGUGGAGCCUGCAGGAAGUAUUCUCUCUGAGUCAGAGUGACCUUUAAAUUUGCAGAGCAGAGACUGGAGAAAUGGCUCCACAGUGGGGGGCACUGACUCUUCUUCUAGAGGACUCAGGUUUAAAUCCCAGCACCCACAUGGCAGCUCACAACUGCCUGUAUCUCCCAAGAUCUGACACUCUCACAUAGACAAACAUACAGGCAAAACACCAAUGCACAUAAAAUAAAGGUUAAAAAAUUAAUUUAAAGUCCUCAUAAAUGAGCAGAGCAGCUGCUGAACAAACUUAUUAACUGGAAACUAAGGACAGUUCCUUGAGCUGCUUAAAGUACUCAGAUUUAAAUUAUUGCAAAACUGUGUUUUUCCAGGUAAUCCCAAAGCAAACUGUGUAAUAUACAGGCUUGUGGGACAAUGGACUCAUAUACAAAUUUUCAUCUAAUAUAUAAAACGAUGGUUGUGCUUCGAGGUGGAACAAGCAGGUGAAGUACCAUGAUGGAGGAUACCUCGCAUAUUGCCCACAUCUUUGCCCAACAACAGAACAUUGCCAACUGUAUGAACUACCUACGAUAAGAAUCACAGGGAGUACAAAGAUGAGCAUAGCUCAGGAAAUAUAUCUAAUUUAAAUUAGACACGUGAUGAGUGAAGGAUUCGAAACAAGAGUACGGGAGAUCACACUUUCCUGUGUUAGUAUAGACUUAAUCUUGUAUUGUGAUUGACCCAUAUGUAAACAUAAGGAGAAUGUUCCUCGCUGUGACUGCACACAAUUCUAGAAAGUAUUCUAUAAGGUGUGUUUAGAGACACAAUAUGCCACAAAACCAAAGGCCUGAAUACGUCUAUCUGUCAUUUCAGUGCACAAAACGGUACUCUUGCAGCUAUUUGCCAGUUUAAAAAACAAAAACAAAAAAGAAUGAAGCACCCCCACUCGCGCUGCUUAAUUCCUUACAUCCUUAUUCCCACAAUUACCAGUUUCUCUAAAGUUUUUCCAUCUUUUAUGAACUCAAAGAAUACAGUGACUUUUUUUUAAAGCACAUACCGGAAAGAGUUGGCUAAACAACCAAAUUUUAAGAGCCCUGAUUGAGAGGCCAAAUCAAAAUACAGUGAAAGGACUCUUCCCUCCUAACCGCUGCCACUUUGGCAGUGACACCUGCCAUGCCCAGCGGGGAAAUCACCCCUCACAUCCACGUCCAUUAAUUUAAGAAAAUUGGCUCAAGGGGUCAUAAGACCCAGCGCUCCAGCUGUUACAGUCUCACUGGUGACAGUGUGUCAGCUCAGGAAAUAAGCUGACAUACAUCUCCACAUUUGAACCUCUGUAGAUAAAUUGGCUACUGACAUCCUUUAAUGUAGGGAGACAGUGCCUGUAAAAUAAAUGGCAAAAAAUAGCACUUAUAAUGAAUCAGAAAAAAAAGAGAGAGAAACGGUAUUCCGACCUGCUCAUUCCCAAGUCCAUGUCAGAUGCCGUGUAGACCAGCAGCCCUUUCAAAGGGUUUUGACCACUGGGCGUGUCAAAGAGGCAGCUCCCAAUUCAGGAGGGCAACCACACAUCUCACACUGUGAGCUCCAGCUGGCCAUUAUGCUACCCUGAAAUCGACAGAAGUCCAGGAGAAAAGAAUGGGAGAGAACAUGAUUCCAAACUAGCUUUGUAUAGAAUUCCCUUUUUCCUGACUUAUAAUACGGGGCUUCCUCAGGAAGAAAUGAAAUGGUUAUUUCAAUGUUUAUAGCUAUAAUAUUCUUGUCAUUCACAUUGAAUGAAAACUACUGGGAACAUUUUUUUCUCUGGGUUUUUUAAAAGGAAAACAAAAAACCCCUCUAUAUAAUUCUAAAAGUGGCAUGAUACCUCAUAUGUAUAACAAUAAACUGGUAAGAAAAUAGA